GUUUCAGAUUCGGAGAAUUUUCUAGAGAGAUGAGCGCCGUCAACAUUACGAACGUCGCCGUACUGGAUAAUCCGGCACCGUUUCUCAGUCCUUUCCAGUUUGAGAUCUCGUAUGAGUGCCUCGAUGCUCUUAAAGACGAUUUAGAGUGGAAGCUGACUUAUGUGGGAUCUGCUGAGGAUGAUACUUAUGACCAACAACUAGAAAGUGUUUUUGUUGGACCUGUAAAUGUUGGGAAAUAUCGUUUUGUGCUUCAGGCUGAUCCCCCUGAACCAUCCAAAAUUCGUGAAGAAGAUAUUAUUGGUGUCACAGUAUUGCUAUUAACAUGCUCUUACGUGGGUCAAGAAUUUAUUCGAGUAGGAUACUAUGUGAACAAUGAUUAUGAUGAUGAACAACUAAAAGAAGAACCGCCUCAGAAGGUUUUGGUUGAUAGGAUCCAGAGGAAUAUUUUGGUUGACAAACCUCGAGUCACAAAAUUCCCCAUUAAUUUCCAUCCAGAAAACAAUGAAGAUGGAGAACAAGCUCCUCCUCCUGACAAUGCAACAGAAGAAAAGGUGCUUGGAGAAGAACCUGUUUCUUCACCCAAGCAAUGUAAUGAGCAGUGUCCUCAAACUUGAGAAACAACAAGCAAGACAAACUGCUUUGGCUGUCAAAAAAUUCUCCCUUCAGAGUUUGAUAUUUCAAUGAUGUAUUGUGCCAUCUUGUUAUAAUCUACAAAUCUUGAGUGUUGAUGGUAUAUUUUUAAUUUCUGCCUCAACAUGUACACAUCGAUUGUUGUAUCUGCUAUAGUCAUAUCUAGCCGAGACAAGUGAUUCUCAAACCAAAUGUUGAUUUGUAAUCCAGUAUUGAGUUACAUGUGAUUUCUGCAAACGUUUUAUCUUUGAUUGUUAUACUAGAUGCUAUUCCAGUCUCUUA